ACGAUGAACUGGAAGCUCAGCUAACGAGAUGCAGUCGCCCAAGCUAACUUUGCUGCUGCUGACGCUGUGCUUAGGCGCUAGGGGCAUUUGGAGUAAGCCCAGUUUUGAGAUAUUUAAUGACAUAUGGGACGAUCUGAAAGACGGCGGCAAUAGUAUUAUCGAAGGACUAAGGGAUGCCACUCGGAAUGGCGCUGCCAUUGAUAAGGACCUUCUGGACCGACUGGACAAAGCGAAUGAAAACUUCUUAGCGGAUGCAUCGCAGCUAGGGGAAGAUCUAUCCAAUGGAAUAUCGGAAUCGUUAACGACAGGCAUUAAAGACUUAUCGCAAAGCCUGACUUCCAGUAUUACGAGGUUCAAAAGAGACGUUGCUUCUGAAAAGAACCCUAUAAAGCGUAAGGCACUGAGCAGUGGACUGGAACUGCUUGAGCAGCUCAACUCAGAAGCCACUGAACUGGAGCUCUUCGAUAUAAAUCAGAAGCUAGCCAAGAAAGUAAACGAUCAACUAGGUGAAAUACCGAACGAUGUGCUAAGCUGGAGUAAGGAACAACUGGAUCGUGUGGAAAAAGCUUCCGAUGAAAUUGGUCUGAAGCAAGCGCAAGACAUUAUAACAAAGUUCAUAUCAAGCGUCUCUGAGGACCUAAAUGCCGUACUGGUGGAGCUCGAUGUUAAAAAAUCAUUGUAUGAACAAAAGUUGAACGACAAAAUCCACGAAUACAGCGAAUUCGCCAAUAAACUUAUUGAGGACAUGAACAGUUGCAGUCGUUUCAGCAUCUUUAGAUGCAGAUCACUGAUUGAGGAAUCGAUAGAGAAUCUACGUGACGCCAAAACUGAGUUGCUGAAUUUACGGAAGGAAGGCAACAAUUUGGUCGAAGCGGGAAUAAAAGCUACAGUAUCCAACGAAUCGUUCUUCAAAAAAGUUGGCCGAGAAUAAACUUAAAUUCGAGAAGGAUCUUGUUGGCAUCAUUAGCCAAAA